CGGGUCUUGCUUCGUCGGUAGAGUCGCCCAUAUGCAAAGAUACUCAAGCGUUCAUACAUUUGGCAUUGCUGAAAUGCGUUUGGAAUGACACUAUCCACGCAACGGUGCUGUCGGGCAAAUGCAAAGGCUUUGCGACUCUUGUGCUUCUUAGCGUUAACACUGACACGAUACCGCGUAAAGAGCUCUCGAAUAACCCACGCAUCAUUUGAGCGAGAAGCCUUCGUCACGAGCUCGCGAAGGGCUGCUCACUCCGAACCGGUGUGGAAUGGCGCGAGCUCUCUCGACCGCGCUGGGCGAAUGCUGCUCGCGGCGCAAUCAAUGCCAAAGUGCAUAUGGGAUAACGUUACCGGCGCGUUCGGCCAGUGUGUCGCGAACGACUACACGCUGCUGUCCAUGAGCGGAAAACCACCGACUGAAUCCGCCAGGCUGUUGGCGUACGCCCAGCACCGCGCAGUGCUGUGCAAGCGGCUCACGAGCGAGGCGGCGUGCCUCCUAGCCAUGGACCUGGGGUGUGGCUGGGACCGGCUGGCCGGCCUAUGCUUCGCCUCGGACGCGGCGCUGCUCAGACCCGAGGUGCUGCAAGGGCGGCUCUUCUGCGGCGGCUCCCUACUCGACCAGGCGACCCGCUGCCUGCUACUGCCGGGGCCCAGCAACGGCAGCAGUGGCAGUAGCAGCGGUGGCGGGGGCGGCAGUAGCGGCACCGGCUCGGUCGCGGCAACCAGCUGUAGCGCCGCUCACACCGCUUGCACCUACCUCAGCCCAACGCAGCUGGCGGCGGCGUUGGCGGCACCGGCGGCGGCGACGGCGGCUCCAUACCUGCGGCUGGCGGCGCUCGCCAAUUUCAACGACUGGCCGCCUCCAGAGGGCAGUGGCGCAUGUGUGGCCAAAUGGUUGACGCAACCCGACACACUGGCAGCUCUGGCGCGCAGCGUCUCCGCCAACCCAACGGUCUGGUUGCUGCAGCCAGACCUGGUGGGCUCGGGCUGUAGCAGCACGCUGGCAGGAGCAAACAUCAGCGCAGCACCCGAGAUGGCGCGGGUGACGGCGGCAGUAGCAGCGGCGGCGUCCGCGUGUCAGGCAGCGGGCGUCGCCGGCGGCGCGGACGGCUGCUCGGCGGCGGAGGAUGGCUGCGACUGGGCUGAUAGCGGAGGGGCAACCGGCGGCAGCAGCACAAGUAGCGGUGAUAGCAGUAGCGGCGGCGGGACGUGCAGCGUGGGCACGGCGGCGCUUCUGGAUGCGUUGUUUGAUCCACAAGACGCCUGGGUGAGGGCGCUUGAUGGCACGACCGCCCUCUGCUCCGCCCAGGGCACUACCGCCAGCUGCGCCGCCGCCGGAUCCAUUAUCGUGGAUCCAGCCCGGCUCGACACGUGGCGGGACGUGCUGGUAGACGGCGGCGGAGAUUGGGUGGACGGUGGCAGCGGCGGCGCAGGCGGCCUGGCGGCGGGGCAGGCGCUGCCGCUGCUGCGCUGGAUGCUGGUCGUGUGGGUGGUGGUGUUUGCCGGCAUGGCCGCCGUGUAUUAAUUUAAGGCGCUAGCUGUGUUCAUGUGCACUUGACAAAUGUUGCUGUUCAUGCAUUGAUUGAUUGCCAUUGUGACUGUGCAUAUGAGAGAGAAUGUUGUCAUGCUGGGGACUGUGUAAACCGCGGUUUCUUCGAUAGGAUUGAAGGCCGAAAGCGUAGCAGCGUGCGUGCCCUUGAGAAUGGAGCAAUCAAUCGUUGUGCAUCACGUGCCUGCUCAUUUUGACAAAUCUGCGUGUAUCGCAUGACCAACUUGGAGCGAGUGGGCAGGAUGGUGACCGGGUCGACCCGAUGUGCGUUGGCCGCCGUGGGUGGCGCACGGGGCACAACGGAAAGGACUGAUGGUAGCAAGCCGGAGCCAGAACCUGGCAUCAGGCGCGAAGAAGGGGCAGGGCACCAUCAUGACGUUUACCGGGUUGUACAGUAGUACAGUACGUGGUAUGUAGUGCACUACCUGCACAAUGGAAACUGGUAUUGACACUGCUCGACACUGUGCAGACGAAAACGCGCAAACACAAACAUACAUGGACACGCCUUCUCACCUGCCUGCUGUGCCUGGCCGCCAGCGCGGGCUUGGGCUGGGACUGCUGUUGGCAGGGUAGUAUGGGGGAGUCAGGGGGGGAGGAGGCCACCACCGCUCCCCCCCCUGCCGCGCCGCCCAUGGACACAGGGGUUGCGCCCUAUCCUUCCUGUGUAUCACGGGGCGUUGAACAGCUUGGCUGGCUGGCUGCGCGCCGUGGCCGAUGGGGGGCACAGCACGGUAAUUCGGCUUUUGCAGGUCGCUCCGGGCGCUAGCGAGGCCGAGAAGGUGCGUUUUGGCAGGUGUUUCGUUGGGCCAUCCGUGGCUCUCGCCAAGGCGGCGCGCCCACACGCAAACGGUGUGAUGGGCCUGCGCCUAGAACAGACGACCAGCACUGAGGCCGGUGUACGAGGGCUCGCUAUCUAGCUCCUCACGUCAUGGACCAAGGCCGGACGGCUGGAGGAGGACAGCUGCCGCGCACCGAAUUUACAGCAAGUCACGCGGGGUGGGCGGUAGGGAGAGUUGGAUGACGUGGUGGGGGUGCGAGGGUGUCGGGGAGGGUCGGGGAAAUCUGGGGAAAU